AUGAGCCUCCCUUCUCCCCAGAAGAACGGCGGCAAUAAUGUUCCCCCUCCAAGACAGAUUCGCUUCGUCUCGACCGAUGGCCAGCCUCAGACCAAAAGGCGACGAGUAAACGCGGCGUGUCGGACGUGUCGCAAGCGGAAGAUCCGAUGCUCGGGCGAACAACCAGGUGAGAUGAGGCGGAUUCUCCGGGCGACGGCGAUGGGAUGCUUCAGUGGACUGACCGAGACCUCCGACGCCGUAGUGUGCAAGACCUGCUCCGAUUACAACCAUGUGUGCCUGGGCUACAACGAUCCUCCCACCCAUGCUCGAUCGCAAUCCGAUGCCGCCUCACGUACCCCAACCCUUCCCUCCGUCCCCGGUCCCGUCGAAGCGGCCAACUCGCGCGGACCCGUCAAAGUUGAGAGUCGCUCUCCGGAUUCACCGCAACGAGCUACCUUGCCUCGUGGUGAUGGUCCGGAGAAACUCACCGACGGCUCCCGAAUAACGGACUCGAAGGAUGCCUCGCUCACAAGGGAUACUUCGACGCGAACCACAAAAGAAUCCGAACAGCAGAACGCCGGUGAAAGUCCAGAAAGCAGUCGUACGUCGCUAAGCUCGAGCUCUCGCACCCAUGUUCCCUAUUUCAGAUACUUCGGUCCGACGGCCAUCGUUCCUGGCUUCAAGCAAAUGGUGGUUCAAGUCCGCGGGUCACGCAAGAGUAAUCCAUCUCUAUCGUCUGAGUCGCUAUCCCCGCUUAGAAGCCCCAAACUCGCCGACGAGGGACUAAACCAUUUCAAUUCGAUCAGCGACAGCCGUGAGAGUCGCGAUGCGAACACUAUUCCAUUUUAUGACCGAGAUGAUUCGUUGCCCGUUAGCAAUCUGGUGACUCACCUAUGUGACCUAUUCUUUACACAUUUGGGGUGUAAUUUCCCCUUUCUACAACGAGAACGGUUUCUUCGCGACUUGAAGGAUAAAAAGAUCGAUACGAUGCUGGUGGAUGCAGUCUGUGCGCUGUCGGCGCGCUUUUCUCCUCAUCCGCUUCUGAGUCCGCCUCAGGCUCCCUCGAUUGACGGCUCGGCGCCUCCGCCUGACACCAGGAAGUCUGAUCGCGGCCAUUAUUUUGCUCACCGUGCAAUGGGGGCUCUCGUCGAGUCACUGUCGUGUCCUAUAUUAUCCGUUGUUCAAGCCUGCUUGUUGUUGGCAUACGAAGAGUUCGGCUCAAACCACGAUAGCGGUCUUUGGAUGUACCUGGGAAUCUCCAUUCGAAUGGCUCAAGAUCUCGGAAUGCAGAAGGUUCAAGGGCUGAAAUACAGCUAUGGGCAAAGUGGUGUCACCCCAAACGCAGUGAUGACUGGACAAGCAGGGAAGUUGAGGGAGGAACAAUACGAUGACCCUCAAGUUUCGCGAAGUCCAGGAAAAGAGACGCAGGGGUCCGACAACCAACGUGCCUGGGAAAAGGAAAGGGUAGAUACCUUUUGGAGUAUCUUUUUCCUCGACCGUGUAAUAUCAUCUGGUACAGGAAGACCCGUGACUCUGCGUGAUGAAGAUAUAGAACUGUGCUUUCCCCUCCAGUCAGAAUCAUUGCUCCCGAACGGCUGGCCUGCGCCAUUUCCGCCGCUGAUUCGCGUCAUCCAUCUCUACGGGAGGGUGACGGAUUUGAUAAAUGGGAUCCAAGACGUCAACCACGUCACGACAGAUACCCUCAAGAGACUGGCAGGAAUGGAAAGUGAUCUGACAGGUAUCUAUCAGCGCCUGUCGCCCCGACUUCAUUUUAAUGCUGCGAAUUUCCAAGCUUAUGUUAAGGCGAAAGAGGGGACCAACUUCAUUCUCCUUCAUUUUUGGUUUCAUACUUUGAUUGUCCUCCUUCAUCAGCCCACCCUCCUCAAUUCGUUCGGCGGGACAAUUCAGCAUCUUUAUCCAAACAGCCGGGAGCUAUCCAUGUCGUCCGCCAAAACCAUUGCGGAUAUUCUCUCGUUCUCCGAAUUGGUGGAUGGCAAAAGUUUCAUCGGCAACCCUUUUACAAGUCAGCCUAUGUAUAUCGCUGCGUGUGCUUUCCUUAUGGAGAGCGCCUACUACGCGUCGCCCACCUCUAGCUCUGGCUCUCCCCCGAGUCAGCCACUGUUGGCUAAUCAAACAAGUGGCUUCAUUAUGCCAAACAUGGACCCUUCAGGUGGUUCGGAAAGGAAGCCCACCGCUAAGCACAUCCUUUUGGCCUCGGCUGCUAAAGAGAAUUACCAACGAUGUUACAAAGCACUGAAGGCACUCGAGACGUACUGGGAAGGGACAAAAUAUAUACUCACGGUUUUGGACCAGAAGGCCAAGGGCAUUGUCGACCCACUCUUAUAUACCGUGGAAGAGAUGGAAAACGCAGGCGAUAUACCCCCAGUCCAAGCGAUUGCAGCAGCUAAUUGGCGACGAGGCGGAACAAACAACCCCGAAGAAUCAGGUACGGCUGCAGAUUCAUCGCUUGAUGAUGGAAGACGGUCCCCAAAGAUAGACCCCAGUCAAGCAAUUGGUUGGGCGCUUACAGGAGCCACCAACUCGUCGCAGCCUAACCUAAGCUUGCUAUACCAAAUGCCUGCACCACCAGUGGAUUCGGUACCCAAGCCCACAUACUCAUCGCAAUACAGCCAUAGCUAUCCUGCUGUUCCUAUCCAAUCUAGCUCUAACCCAGGCUCGGGCUCAUUUGCGCAACCGCUCGAGCAGGCUCGAACGACAUCCGCAACACCUAAUUCCACGAUGGCAGCUGCAUCCGCGAAGUUCUCUCCCCUGCAUUCUGGGAGAGCUUCUACCUCCGAUGCGAAUCUUCUCCUGGGUCUCAACACGUCGUUUCCCACAUCCCGGCCCUCACCUUCUCAGCCCACAUUCCCUCACAACAUGCCUUCUACAACCCGACUUGAACCCCAGCCAUCCUCCUUUAACUACAAUCUUCCAUCCGCCCACAAUGGGCAACCUAUAGGCUCCAGGCCUUCUGAAUUCCAUCCGGCUCCAGGUUCCCACGGCGAUGUGAUGAUUGGAAGUCAGGACAUCGACAUGGCUACUCUUCAACAACAGGAUCAAUUGCCUUUUGCUUUCCAUGGGGAAAUUCUUCCCUGGCUGGAAUACCUUCCCCAGGACGUUCUCAAUUAUCUCGGGGAGCAUCAGAAUUAUCCUUCUCUGAUGAGCCCCGAUGAUAGUACUCCACGCCCACAUUAA